AUGAAGUUCUCUCUCGCCGCCACUGUUGUUCUUGUAGCCUGCUCCUUGGCCGCUCCCGUCACCAUCCCCAAAGCUGAAUACGGCUUCCCCAACUUCAUCCUGCCGCGUCAAACUGUCGGGAUUGAGGCAAACGAGUUCAAGAACGGCGGCUGCAAAGACAUCGUGCUCUUGUUCGCGCGUGGGUCGAUCCAGAGCGGCAACAUGGGCUCGCAACCCGGCCCCGAACUGGCCAGCGCCCUCAAGGCCCGGCUCAACGCCACGCGCGUGGCCGCGCAGGGCGUGCCGUACGCGGCCAUGCUCCUCACGAACCUGGCGUCGAGCGGCGCCAGCCGCACCGAGGCGGGCGAGUUCGCCGACCUCAUCCAAGAGGUGGCCGCCAAGUGCCCCAAAGCUCGAAUCGUCGUCUCGGGCUACAGUCAGGGCGCCGCGCUCCUGCACCUCGCCGUCGGGGGCCUGCCGGCCGCCGUCAGGUCCCGCAUCGCCGCCGCCGUCACCUUUGGCGACACCCAGAAUGAGCAGGACGGCGGCCGCGUCCCAGGCCUUCCCGCAGCCAAGACGCUCAUCAUCUGCAACAAGGGCGACCUGGUCUGCGAGGGCGAGCUGAUGGUCGCCUUGCCCCACCUCGACUACAGUGCCCGGGUGCCCGAGGCCGUCGCCUUCAUCGCGGCUCGGGUCAAGGCGACCUAG